AUGUCCGCAAAACUGCACGUAGCUCUCGCGCUCUUCAGCUUGAUCUUCAUCACCUUGGAAGCGGCAAACACGAGGAGUGAAGCGAAUAUCGGAAGAGGACUGUUCACGAGGUUCGGGAAUUAUGGGAAUCAACCACCGCCCAGACACGACACACCUCCAUCUUCUUGCAGCUGCUCUUGCGGCGAGAGGAACGAUGCAAGCAGAAUCGUGGGUGGUCAGACGACUGCGGAGAACGAAUUUCCGUGGAUGGCUCGAUUGUCGUACUUCAAUAGGUUCUACUGCGGAGGGAUGUUGAUCAAUGACAGAUACGUGCUGACAGCCGCGCACUGCGUCAAAGGGUUCAUGUGGUUCAUGAUCAAAGUGUCGUUCGGGGAGCACGACAGAUGCAACGAUGCGCGAAAACCUGAAUCCCGAUUCGUCCUGCGAGCGAUCGCAGGCGCCUUCAGUUUCCUCAACUUCGACAACGACAUCGCGCUGCUGCGUCUGAACGAUAGGGUGCCGAUCACCGACAAGAUCAAGCCGAUCUGUCUUCCGAGCGUCAAGGACAACCUGUACGUGGGAACGAAAGCUGUGGCAGCAGGUUGGGGUACCCUCAAGGAGGAUGGAAAACCUUCGUGCUUCCUGCAGGAAGUCGAGGUGCCGGUGAUCAGCAACGAGGAGUGUCGCGCCACGAAUUACUCAUCGAAAAUGAUAUCGGAUAACAUGAUGUGCGCAGGUUAUCCGAAAGUCGGACAAAAGGACUCGUGUCAAGGAGACAGCGGUGGACCGUUGAUCACCGAGAAGCCGGACAAGAAAUACGAACUUAUCGGUAUCGUAUCCUGGGGCAACGGCUGUGCGAGGCCCGGAUAUCCGGGCGUCUACACGAGGAUCACCAGAUACCUGGAUUGGAUCAUGGAGAACUCUGCGGACGGCUGCUUCUGCCAAGACUGAAAAUGCACGAUUCUUACAACUAUUAUUACUACAACAACUAUUAACAACAACGGUUUUCUAAUUGUCUCUUAAUUAUUGUGAUAUAACUAGGCGUCAUUAUUUCUAAAAAAAAAAACCUAAAAUCCCUAAAACC